UCUAGUCCGAAGAAAAUAGCGAUGAUAUGGUUUCAGAGAAUUUUUCUGCUGCUUCUCGUUUCUUGGGUUGCCUCUUCAGAUUUACUGGAAAAUCCAGACUUCGAAUCUCCACCAAAAAACUCAAACGCAAGCAGUGGCCCGUUUGUGUUGCUGGAUCAGAACACUACACUCCCUGGCUGGACAUUACAAGGGACAGUGCAAUAUGUUACUUCACUUGAACUGCCUGAUAACGGACAUGCUAUUCAGCUUGGUGAAGAUGGCAAGAUCAAUCAAACAUUCAUUGCUAAAGGUGGUGAUGUGAACUACAUCCUCACAUUUGCUCUCAUCCGCCCAGGUCAGAACUGUUCAACCUCUGCUGGUCUCAGUGUCUCGGGGCCAGACAGUAACGCGGUUUUUUCGUACCAACAAAACUACAGUAAGGUUUCAUGGCAGAGCUACAGUCAUAACUUGGGUAGUUGGGGGAAUGAUGAGCCUAUUAACUUAGUUCUUGAAAGUCAGGCAAUAGAUUCUGAUUCUGAUACAAACUCCACAUGUUGGCCUAUCAUUGACACAUUGCUUAUCAAGACUGUUGGUGUAACAUUGGUCCAAGACAGUGGUAAUCUCUUAAUCAAUGGUGGAUUUGAAUCUGGACCGGGAUUCUUGCCCAACUCAACCGAUGGAGUUCUGAUAGACGCGGUUCCAAGCCUCAUCCAAUCAGCAUUAAGACAGUGGUCUGUUAUAGGAACAGUCAGAUACAUAGACUCGAAGCACUUCCAUGUCCCAGAAGGCAAAGCUGCUAUAGAAAUUAUGUCUCACACAGCUCCAUCGGGCAUACAGACAGCAACAAAAGACACAAGUGAAGGUUCGAGAUACAAUCUCACAUUUACUUUAGGAGAUGCUAAUGAUGCGUGCAUAGGACAUUUCGUGGUGGGUGUUCAAGCUGGAUCUGCAGCUCAAAACUUCACACUGGAUAGCAAUGGGACUGGCUCUGGGGAGAAGUUUGGAUUAGUGUUUGAAGCAGACAAAGAUGCAGUACAGAUAAGUUUUACCAGCUACUCAGUUACAAUGACAAAAGAGGAUGUUCUUUGUGGUCCUGUGAUUGAUGAAGUGAUUGUACAUCAUCUUGGUGGAACAGCCUCUGUGAAACCCACAUGGCUGCUACUCAUUAUCGCUUUGUUGUAUGUUGCAGUUCUCUGACUGAACACUGUUUGAGAGAAGGUCAUAAACAAUAUAUUGUUGCAAGGAGAUGUGACAAUCAUUCUAGUUUCAUGAUUAUAUAUGAACAGAUUUGUGACA